AUGACAUUGAUAGAGUAUAUUUCGACGUUGGGUGACAACCCAUACUUUGGAGCAGGAGCGGGUCUCUUCGCUGUUGGAGUGCUUGCAACUGCCGGCCGCAGAGGCCUCCAAGGAGCAACCAUUUUGUUUCGCCGUCACUGCAUGAUAACCAUGGAAGUCACCAGCCGAGACAAGAGUUAUCAGUGGCUCCUCCAGUGGAUCACAAAAUAUGGGGCUCAAACCCAACACCUUAGCGUUGAAACAGAGUUCCAACAAACUGCUGCAGGUCAGAUCAAAACCAAGUUUCAUUUUAUCCCCAGUCCUGGGAACCACUACUUUUGGCACAAAAAUAAUUUAAUUAUCGUCGAACGAAAUAGGGAUAACAAAAUGGUGGAGGUUUUUGAAACAGUCACUCUGACAGCACUUGGUAGAAACCGAGGUAUGUUUAUGUCAAUUUUAGAUGAAGCCAGAAAACUUGCUCUACAAAGUACAGAUGGACAAACUGUUAUGUACACUGCCAUGGGUGCAGAAUGGCGCCCUCUUGGCUAUCCUCGAAGAAAAAGACCGUUGAAUUCUGUUAUUUUAGACAAAGGACUUUCUGAGCGUAUCAGGGAUGACGUUCAGGAAUUUAUUGACAAUCCUAAAUGGUACAUGGAAAGAGGGAUUCCAUAUCGAAGAGGAUAUCUGUUGUAUGGCCCUCCCGGCUGUGGAAAAAGCAGUUUCAUUAUGGCCCUAGCAGGUGAUAUUGACUACAGUAUCUGUGUCCUAAAUCUCAGCGACAAGUCCAUGUCCGAUGACCGUCUGAGCCACUUGUUGACCAAUGCACCUGAACAAAGCAUCAUCCUACUGGAGGACAUUGAUGCAGCAUUCGUGAGCAGGGAUCUGGCGAAAGAAAAUCCUGUAGCCUACCAGGGGAUGGGCCGACUGACUCUGUCAGGGCUGCUCAAUGCACUUGAUGGCGUGGCCUCAACAGAGGCCAGGAUUCUUUUUAUGACCACAAAUUAUAUUGAAAGAUUAGACAAAGCCUUGAUACGGCCAGGUCGUGUGGAUGUGAAAGAGCUCAUAGAUUAUGCUUCGGAAUACCAGCUUCAUGUGAUGUUCAGAAGAUUCUACCCUGAUGAGCCAGAGUCGUCUGCUCAUGAUUUUGCUUCUAAAGUUCUGGCCUUGCAGAAACCUGUGUCUGCCGCCCAAGUUCAAGGUUACUUUAUGUUGCAUAAGAAUGAACCACAGACUGUGAUUGACAAUGUGAUAGAAAUAGUGGAUUUAUAA